ACCGUACUGUCCGCGCGUGGGACCAUUAGCUGACACAUUGGCAAACGAGGAGAACGAAGAGAUCCUAAAAAGCGCUUUGACCCGCAUUCCCAAAAGAUAUGGCAGGGUAAUGUCUUGCCACAGUCUGAAAUACAGGAUGAUCGUAGUGAGGACGCGGUCGAAGAAAAGCAAAAGCCAGCAGGAAGCCCGGUCAGCAGGUCGCUGCACCGCUUACCAAAGCGACCCGACAUAAAUCAUCCACCGUUGAGAAAGCUCCGUCAUUGGUGCCAGGACGGUUGCGUGGAAGCUUGAGUAUUUCGUGACUCGAUAGAUGAGGUUAUCCAGCGAAACUGGCUUUCAAUGUAUUCCACAAUCGAAAGCAUUCAAGCGGAUCAAUGACGACCGCCAUUGCGAUGAGAGCUGAUGAGCUUUAAGCAAGUCUCCAGGGCUGAUCAACGCCAAGGCGAUGCCCAUGCUCUUCAUUUCACAGGCGAUGUGGUCUGCCGUGUCGAUUUGGCCGUUGACGGAUUCCUAUCCGCCCGCCGCAAAAGAGACUCGCAUUAAUGAGAGCAGACAUGAUGACAUAUAUAUGCCGUCGCUUUUGGUUGUCUUCUCCCCAUCGAUAGUGGGCGAUAUUAACGUCUUCCAGACAUCCGAUCGGGUCAAAAUGUCCGAGUGUGUUCUUAAAAGGCUUGAAGACGAAUCGCUCGGAGCCGAACGCAGAAAUCGGGCUGCGCACGACGUGGGUGUCUUGCUCGCAAUCUCUCUUGAAGUCGCACUCUUCGAAUGGCUGCGAGGCCACAUUUCCUCUGCAGUCGAACUGCUGAACUUCGGAAGGAGGCGGACACGCACCAGUCCUGCGACCUCAGAUGGGGCUGCAGCUACUCCAAUCGGUUGGAUGGUAGAAAUGCAUUCAAAUGCGCCUCCACUCUGGUGAGACGAAAGGCAGAAGAGCGGAGACACAACGCUCGAGCCUCGUAUCAUUGCGUCAUGGACAGCGAGGCUCACCCGUAACGAGAAAUCAGAAGGACAUGCUCCUUGGUUAAAUCCCGCACAUUAGGCUACCAUGCUAUAGGGAUACGGGCACCACGGAAAACCGCGCGCGGUGGACCAUGCAGCUUCGCAGGCGGA